CGGCAUACACAAGAUCGGCGAUGGUGCAAUCCUCCCAAACAGCGACCACCUUUGGCGUCCCCGCUUCUCUGUAGCUAUCUAAGAUGAGGGAUCGAACUAUUGCGUCUCUGACGCCAGAACAGCUUUCCCGGAAGCGAGCAAUGGACAGAGCCAACCAGAGGGAAUCCCGAAGUAUCCGCCGUACGAGAAUCGCCAGUCUCGAACGAGAAGUUGCGAGCUUGAAAAAGCGUCUCGAUGCGGCCCGCUGUGAGGUCCGCAGACUUCAGGACAAGGACAACAACGUCCGUAGCACAGUCCAUGAAUCAAUCCGGACAAUUCAGCGGGCUCUCUUGGCCCCGACUUACGGGUCAAGCAGGGAGGCAGCACCCACACAUCUUGUGGCGUCAAUAGAGUCGACAAUCGUCGAUUCAGCCACUGCCGAUUUUUUACCAAGUCCAGCGUCCUCGCUCGCGAGCGGUGGUGCUGGCGUGCAACCAGAACAGAAGAUCUUUUGGACUAGGCAACCGUCCAGAUCGCCGACCAUUGAGAUAGAACCAAUCCCCUCUGCCGUGGCUUUUCCUCAGGAGGACCAGGCACUCGCGCUUUCGUGGCCUGCUGAUCAGCCUUUAGACGCCGGCAUUCUAGGAGAUGGCGAUAUGUGCAUGACUGAAUUCGAGUAUAGCGGCCUCUUCCCCGAACCACUGAUCCCGGCCAUGUUUUCCACGAUUACUGAGGAGCAGCGAUCCGAAUGUGAGCAGGAGGCAGCUGUCAACACGAAACAGCCACACCCAUGGGAGCGCGUGCCGCAGUAUACAAAACCUGGCGCCAAGAUCGAGGCUGUCCUCCUUGGUAUUGUCAACUCUCGACAGCAACACAUGAGCAAGAACCAGCUCGAGGAGCUGGCUCGGCCAACCUUCCCAGCCAUCUCGUCCCUGCUCAACCCGGAGCCAGAUAGUGCCGUCGAUCCCAUCACAAAUGCGAUUGGCACUUUUGGUCAGUUCACCAUGAGGGCUCCUGGCGUGCCCGAGAGAGUGGCAGGCAUGUAUCUGAUGUGUAACUACGUUCGCUGGCUACUAAAUCCAUGCAAAAAGACGUUUGAGCAGAUGCCUGCAUUCCUGCGCCCGACAGAAACGCAAUUGUUCACGCCUCAUCCCAUAUGGAUGGACAUUGUGCCAUGGCCCGAAGUCAGGGACCUCCUCAUCACGAACCUCGGCACCUCGGACUCGGAGGACUACCGAAUCCUCGCGGCCCCCAACGUCUCGCUCAACUGGCCGUACCCCGUAAGCGACAUAUACACGGGCGCCUCGGCGCGCGAGAUGCGCAUCAGCAGGGUCUUUGAGCGGCAUGUGCAUGACUUGCGCAACCACACCCUCAACGCGCGCCUGGCCGAGACGUUUACGUGGCUGGAGCCGUGGAUGGCGAAGCAACCACCACCACCUCCUUCUCCUGCUCCUCCUUCUCCUGCUCCUCCUUCUCCUGCUCCUCCUUCUCCUGCUCCUCCUCCUCCUCCUUUUGUCCAGGCCCCUUAAUAAUUCGCAAGGACUACGGCAUUGGUAAAGAGUUCGCAAGCGCAGAUCGUGAGUGCGUAACUGUGGA